CCCGCCGCCUCCGCCCCGCUGCCCUACGGAUAUUUUGGCAGCGGCUACUACUCCUGCCGAGUAGCCCGGAGCUCCCUGAAAACCGGACCGACCCAGGGCCCCUUCCCCACCGAGAAGUACCUGGACCCCCCCGCGGGCAGCGAGGACUUCCAGAGCCGCCCCGCCGAAUUCGCUUUCUACCCCGGUUACGGGGCUCCUUAUCAACCCGUCGCCGGUUACCUGGACGUGUCGGUGGUACCGGGGCUGGGGGGGCCGGGGGAAGCCAGGCAUGAGACUCUGCUGCCCGUGGACGGUUACCAUCAGCCGUGGGCUCUGGGAGGCGGCUGGAGCAGCCAGAUGUGCUGCCCCAAGGAGCAGGGCCAGGCCGGGUACCUCCUGAAAUCCGCUUUUGCAGACUCCGCCGGGCAGCUGCCCCCCGACGGCUGCUCCUUUCGCCGGGGCCGCAAGAAGAGGGUCCCGUACAGCAAGGGGCAGCUGAAGGAGCUGGAGAAGGAGUACGCCAGCAGCAAAUUCAUCACCCGCGACAAGAGGAGGAAGAUCUCCGCCGCCACCAACCUCACGGAGCGCCAGAUCACCAUCUGGUUCCAGAACAGGCGGGUGAAAGAGAAAAAAGUCGUCGCUAAAAUCAAAAGCAGCAGCAGCACCCCGUGA